UAUAUUGAAGGCUCUUGAUGCGGAGGUACCUGUCGCUCCCUCGAGGCGAAGGAGAGAGUAAAGGGUAGAUAGAAGAAGAGAGCAGCGAAGGAAGAGGUGAGAGACAGUAGGAGAGAGUAAGAGACAACAGAGAGGAAAGGAUACGAGAAAAGAACGGAGAGAGAAAAUAGAUUUAAAAACCAGUUGACAAACGAAAUAAGAAAAACAAAAACAAAACAAAAAGAACAGAAACACAACCGAAACAAACAAACAAAGAGCAAAAAGAAGUUAGAAAAGGAAGAGAAAUAACAAUGUCGACUUCGGCGGCCUCAGAAGCACCCGCCCACACAGGCAACGGGGUCAAUGUGGGAAACACGUACAAAUCUUGCAAGCGCUUGGUGCAACGCAUGAGCGAGACGGACGCGGACGACGCCCACAGGGUCUGGAUGCGGUCGACGGAUCGCGCGACGACCAGCCCGGCCAAGGGGCGCGUGGAAGGCGAGAUCCCGCAGUGGCUCGAAGGAAGUCUGUACAGAGAUGGCCCCGGAGUCCUGAACAUCGGCGACACUUGGUACCACCACGUGUUCGACGGCAUGGCGGUCCUGCACAAGUUCUCCAUUAAGGACGGCGAGGCCACGUACAGGUCCCGCAUCCUCGAGAGCGACUCCUACAAGAGGAACUCGGCGGCGAAUCGCAUCGUCGUCGACGAGUUCGGGACGCGAGGCUACCCCGACCCCUGCAAGACCAUCCUGCAGAAAUUCAUGAGCACUUUCGCCGGACCAGACCUUGACGGAAUGACAGACAAUUGUGCCGUGAAUGUCUGUUUCUAUGGCGAUCAGCUGUUUGCCAUGACAGAGACCAACAAAAUGAGGAGAGUUGAUCCAGAUGAUUUAAAAACCGUCGGAGACAAGACCAACAUCACCAACUAUGUGGCCGUCAACAUGGCCACGGCGCACCCCCAUGUGGACCCCGACGGCACCGUGUACAACAUGGGAAAUUCCUUCAUGGGGGCCAAGGGACCCACCUACAAUGUCAUCAAAUUCCCUCCUAAGAAGACGCUGCCUUCUGGAAAGGUCCUGAAUUCGUUCGAGCAGGCGUCCGUGGUGGCGUCGAUCCCGUGCCAGUGGAAGAUGCGUCCUUGCUACUACCACUCCUUCUCCAUCACCGACAACUACUUCAUCCUGGUGGAGCAGCCGCUGGGCGUGUCCGUGCCGAAGCUCCUCGUCAACCACUACCGGGGAAAGUCCUUCAUGCAGGCUAUGGACUGGAUUCCGGACGCGAAGACGAAGUUCCGCGUGGUCAGGCGCAGCGACGGCCACGUGCUGAAGGCCGACUACCAGGCAGACACCUUCUUCACCUUCCACACCAUCAACGCCUUCGAGGAGGACGGGCACCUGGUGGUCGACCUCUGCUGCUUCGAUGACGGCGCUGUAGUGAACCAGAUUUGGCUGGAGAAUAUUCUACAACCGACGGAGGCUUUCAACAAGGCUCUGCAAGCGACGCCCAGGCGGUAUGUUCUUCCUCUUAAUAUUCAGCAAUCGAACUCGGGGGAAAACCUGGUGACUCUCGCGUCCACCAAAUGCACGGCGACCAGAGAAAAGAGCGGCGCCAUCUAUUGCCGGCCGGAGGACCUCUCGCAACACUGUAUGGAGAUGCCGAGAAUCAAUUAUAAAUUCAACGGCAAGAAAUACCGAUAUAGCUACGGUUUCAUCCCGACGAAAGGUCUCAACUGCGGCACGCUGUGCAAAGUGGACGCGGACACGGGAAAGACGCUAAGGUGGCAGCUCCCGGGCUUCCAAGUGUCGGAGCCCGUGUUCGUGGAGCGGCCGGGAGCCACCGAGGAGGACGACGGCGUUGUGCUCGCGUCACUCCUCAAUGAGAAGGAGCAGAAGGAGGUAGGGACAGAGGGAGAGUCGAAAAGUGAAAGUGGCAGAAGCGACAUUUCUCUAGUCUUCGCUAAUUCUAAGAACUUGACAGCGACAGAGCCUGGUUCCAGAGAUCUAAUAACUAUCGAUGGAGACGUCUCAAAAGCUACAGUUUUUAGAGUCGUUGGUAGUCAAAUUAUAAAGCUAAACAUUUCUGUCAGAUGGCACUCUCAUAUUAAUGAGAAGGCACGUGUUGUUUUUCUUGUCCUUUAUCACGAUGUCUGGACGAUUAACCUGUAUCAUGCGAUCAGUGUGUAUUGGAGAGCCUCACAAUAUGGUAACAUCUUAUCCCCCUGUAACUGGUUCCGGGUGGUGUUCGUACCAGUUGCUGUUGGUGUUCACAGAGAAGUGAUGACAGAUUUUCCAAUGCAGGUUUUGCCCGACUCUGUCAUGACGGUUCUUGUAUACGCCUGGUGUAAGGGUAGAGCCACCAGAUACAAGGGCGAACUAACACAACAAAAGAAGUGUUAUUUUUCCAAAGCCACAGAGGCGAUAUUGAUGCAGCAAGAGAACCCGGGCUUAAAGGAUUUUGUGAAGCUAUCAAGCCAAUACGAUGGCAGCUCAAGAGAACCCGGGGUCAAAGGCUCAUCUUUUAAGGCCGAAGAACCAUGUUAA